AUGUCUGUAAAGUGGCUCGUGUUGGCAAUUGCUGCUGCAAUUAUUCUUACUGCUAGUAAUGUUGCCUCCAUUACCACAAGCUCCACCACUUCCAAGAAAAGUACACUCGAUUUUCCCUCUUUGCCUCGCGUUUCAAGUCGAUAUCACGCGCUGAAGGGGAGAUCUCUAAGAUCUGGUGCAAGUGGGGACGAUGUCAAGACAGAUGAAGACCGAGCUUUUAACACAUUUGCAACGGCCGAUGACGCAGGCCGUAACUUCCUGAACGCAGCUAACAGCAACCCAAUUCUCAAGAAACUCGACAAUUUCAUGUUAAAACUGCGCUACAAGUGGUGGCUCAUGAGAGGAAAAACACCAGAAAAUAUCAGGGUGAAGCUUGGGCUUCACUUUGUGACGAACGACAAAACCCACCCAAACUACAAAAAGUGGCUCGGAUAUUUGUAUGCCUUCAACAAAAAACACAAGAUCAGUGGCUGA